AUGAAUACAUUUUUUAUACUAAUUAUUUAUUUAAAGCUCAUUAAAAUAUAUUUAUCUUUAGAAUGCUUUGAUAAAUAGCCAGAAAAUACGUAUUGUGAUAUUAAUCUAGAGUGCACAUCUUGUACUAACAAGACUUGCUUGACUUGCUCUUUAGAUUUAGCUAAAUGCGACACCUGCAAAACUAAUGAUUAUUUAUUUGAUAAUAAUUGCUCAUCAUAAAAACCAGUAAAAGGCGCAUUUUGUGAUGAUAAUACCAAAAAGUGUGAGAAAUGCUCAGAUUAAAAUUGCGAAACUUGUAGUUCAGAUAAGAAUGUUUGUACUAAAUGUAAUUCCUCAUUUCCAUAUAUAUAUUAAAAUAAAUGCUACUCAAGUAAACCUGCUAACACAUCAUGUGAUUCAAAUAAUGUAUGCACUGACACUACAUGUCCAUUAAAUUGUAAGACUUGUGAUAGUAAAAAUAUUUGCACGUAAUGCAAUGACCCUUAUUUAUUAUUAAAUGUUGCUACUCCAACAUGUGUAGAAAAAAGCUAGAUUCCUAAAAAUUUCUUUUGUGAUCUUAAUAAUGUAUGCCUUUAAUGUUCAGAUGAAUGCAGUUCUUGUAAGGAUAAUAAAGAUAAUUGCACAGGUUGUAAUAAUACAAAAGAAUUUUUAUUCAAUCAAAAAUGUUAUCAAGAUUAACCAUAAAAUACUUACUGUAAUGAAAAAUUCUUGUGUUAAGAUUGUACAAAUAAAUAAUGCAAGAAUUGUUUAUCAAAUUUAAAUGGCUGCUAAAAUUGCCAAGAAAAUUAUUAUUUAUUUUAAGAAAAUUGCUACAACCAAAUACCAUCAGGAGCUUUUUGUGAUAAAAAUACAAAAAUAUGCUAAAAAUGUAAUAUAGAAAAUUGUGAUAACUGUCAAGAUGAUAUAAACUCUUGUACUUAAUGCUCAAAUGAAUUUUAUUUAUUAAACAAUGGAACUCCAUCAUGCAUAAUUAAAAGUUAAGUUCCAAAUAAUUUCUUUUGUAAUAAUAAAAGGGUGUGUAAUUAAUGUAAUGAUACUUGCGCUACUUGCAUAGAUGAUAAAGAUUAUUGCCUUACUUGCAAAGAUCCUACCAACUAUCUUUACACUAAAGCAAAAUCUGCUUAAUGCUUAAAAGAUAAACCAAUUGAAGGAUUUUGCUAAGAUAAAAAUUGCUAAGAUUGUAUAACCAAAAAUUGUUAAAUUUGCCCUAAAAAUGGAGGUAUUUGUGAAAAAUGCUAUCAAGAUAGAUAAUAUAAAUAUCUUUAUAAAAAUGAUUGUUUAGUAUAAGCUGCCUUGCCUAAAAAUAUCUUCUGCGACAAAAAUAACGUUUGCUAAGAAAAGGGAAAUGAUACUUAACAAGAAAAGGGUUGCAAGAAGAGUGAAUACACUUACGAUGGAUAAUGCUUGUCAAAGAUGCCUGAAAAUGCUUAUUGUAAUUCAAAGACAAAUGAAUGUUAGAAAUGUACUAACUUGGCUUGCUACACGUGCUAAAGCGAUUUGAAUACAUGCAUUGAUUGUCUGGAGGAUUCUUACUUUUACGAAAAUAAGUGCCAAGAUAAAAAACCUAAACAUGUGUUUUGCAAUAAACAAGAAAAACUAAAAGUUUGCUAGCCAUGUCAUGAAUUAUGCUCAGAGUGUAGCGGAUCAUCAGAGUUAGAAUGUGAUAGCUGCUAUCCAGAUGCUGUUUUAAGUAAAGGUAAAUGUAUAAAGAGCGCACUCGAAUUUAAUUCUUCCAUUAGCCAAGAGCAAGUCAUCUAAAUAGGAAAUUAAGCUGAAUCUACUUCUUAAGCUACAUCUUCAAGCUCAACAGCUUUAUCUCUCUCGUCUAAUUUAGUUUCCAGAUCUAGUUUUGGCUUAGUUGUCUCAGGACUCACAUCACAGAAACUUACAUAUAUGGUAUUAGUAGAUACAGAUUUACCUCCUGUAGUGUUUAGCGUUUUGACGGCUACUAAAGAUUAAUUGCCUUAAAAUUAAAUGAAAUUCCUAAAUGUAUUUACAAGACUUAUUAACUUAAGUGAUGAUGAAGUUAAUUAAUUUGUUAGCAUAAGAUUCGAAUCUGUCAAGUUAAGUUAUAAUAUAUUGAACAAUUGUGGCUAAGGAAUUUCCAUAUUCGUUAUCUGCUACAUUCUUUUCGUCUUGUCAUACCUACUUAUAGAGAAAUCAUCUAUAAAAAAGUUGUCCAACUUUUCCUCAACUCUUUACUCAAAGCUGACUUGUGGAAUGAUUGUUUAGUAUUUCUAAAUUUGUCUCUCAAUUUUUGUGGUUGGAAUUAAUAGUUAAAUUCUUGAAUUUGUAAACGAAAAAUAAUAUGAAAUGUCUGGAGUAAAAAUAACUCUAAUUAUUCUAUUAAUUGCAAUCGUCAUCUACAUUAUGUACUUAUUAUACAAAUAUCUGAAUACUGGUUAAAUACAGAAAGGAGUUUAAAAUUUCUAUGAAAUAACAAGAGAAAAAAUACUAAAUGAAACUAUCUUUGAAUCAAAAAUAAGGAGAAACUUUAUUCUAAUUUAUCUCAUUAUUGACUCUAUCAUUCUCCCGACAAUAUUCCUUUAAUUCUACUUCUAUCCCAUAUUGGUUUCUUCCUUGGCUAUUUUCUUCUAACUAUUAUUUCUAGUAAUAGUAUGUGCAUUAAUGCCAUUUCAUUCUAAAAUUACUAAUGGUUAUUUUAUUUUAACCAGUGCUCUAUGGGUAGCACUAUAUAUUACUUACCUUUUAUUAAAUAUCUACUCAUCUAAAUCUGAUAUUGACAAUUUUGCUAGUGUCCUUGACAACUUAACAUGGGUAUUCUAUAUAAUUAUUUAAAUUAUCUUACUAUCUAACCCUGCUUAUAUGGUCUUGAUGUUACUAAACAAAUUGGUAGAAUUCGUAAAUCAAAAGCUCUCUGAAAGAAAGAAAAAAUUAUUAUAAAAUGAAUAAUAAUUAUUUAAUUCAUUUAAUGAAAAUUUUAAUUCUGUAUAAUAUAGACCAUAAAUAUCUUAGGCUGUACUAAUUGAUGAUGUUACUAGUCGUGAGAUAAUCUCUCCAAAUUAACAAAUUAAAAAUAGGCACAAUUGGAUAAAAAAAUUAAAUUGA